AUGGUGAGAGGUGGAAGUCAUGGUGCUAAUGACUUUCAAAUUUAUGGGUGCGAAAGCAAGCCUUCUUUGACUACAGCCAUAGGCAUAGAUAGAUUCUUGCGUGGCCACUUCCCACACCAGCAACAACAGCUAGCAAAGAACAAUGAUGCAAGUGUUUUUGCUGAAGAGGCUUUGAAAUGGACAAACCCCAACCAAACCCCUAAACUCUGCCUGAAAGAUAUCCAAGUUUCAGGUAAGAAUGUGAAACUGGUGGGAAGGAGAAGCAAGAAACACUCUUCUGUGCCCUGGAUCAAAGGACAGUGGAAUAAAGAAGAGGACAGGAAAUUGAUAAGGUUGGUGAAGAUAUAUGGUCAUAGAAAAUGGGCUGAAAUAGCAGAGAAGUUGGAGGGAAGGGUUGGCAAGCAGUGUCGAGAAAGAUGGAAUAAUCAUUUGCGUCCUGAUAUUAAGAAAGAUAGUUGGAAUGAAGAAGAAGAGAAGAUACUAGUAGAUAGCCAUGCAAGGCUGGGAAAUCGAUGGUGUGAGAUAGCAAAACUUAUUCCAGGAAGAUCAGAGAAUGCCAUAAAGAACCAUUGGAAUGCCACCAUAAGGAGACAGAAUUCAAAGAGGAAGAACAAGAAAACAAAGAGAUCUAAUGGAAAGCCACAUUCCUCUGUACUUGAAGACUAUAUCAGAAGCAAGACCACCUCCAUCAACCCCAAACCUGGCAUCAUCACUGCCACAGAUACAAACCUUACAACAACACUCUCACAGGACAAUGCACCAAACCCUAAUUUAAACCCUGUGUUCCCUGAACCUUUUGUUAAUGAAGCACUCUUCAUGCAACAAGUUUUCAUGGAUAAUAAUCAGAAUCAUAGGUCACUUGACAACGUUGAAGCCUCUAAGUACAGCUCCAAGAUGUGUCCAACUCCAAUCUCAUACUUAGAUUAUUGUCAAACAAAUGUUGAUGAUGCGGGUGAAUGUGGAUUUGUGUAUUCCCUCCAAUACCAAGAUAACAUGCACUUGAUCAAUGAUAGUCUCUUCCCUAGAGAGACUCACACUAGCCACUUAAAUUACCUUCAUUCAGAUCCUUAUCUGUCUCACUCACUCAAUGUGGAACCUGGUUAUGGGAAUCAAAACCUGAACAUAGAUUUUCGUCAUCAUGGUUGUUCACAAGGAAAAGCAGAAAUGGAUUUGAUAGAGUUUGUUUCUUCUUAG